UCCUCAAAAUCGAAUGAACGCGAUGUAUGAUUAACGAUUAUAUUAUAAUAAUAAUGUUAUAUUGAUUACAUUUUUCAAUAUUUUGCGUCGUGCCGUGACCGGGUAAUAGCACAAAAUCUGGCUUCAAAUCUUUUUUUCGGGUUUAUUAAAUUAUAUUCUCUAUUAUUUCGUAAUUGUCCGUUCGAGUUUUUACGAAUACACUUCCGUGUAUUAUAAAUACACUAUAUUAAAUGUAUAACGCAUUUACAGUCAACUGCAAUACGCCGUAGACACACACACCACAUUUCAUUCGCUGAAUCGACGAAUCAUGAAUCAUUUCCGUUAUUAUGCAGUUGCGUUUGUCUUCGUGAUCGCGUGCAACUACAUUGCGCAUGGGCUUCACAUAAGCGAUAUUGACCUAACCCAAUAUCAUUGGGAAUCAAUGGCCGAUGUACAAACCUACGACCCUCGUACAUACCAUCUCGAAUAUAUUCAGGACUUGUGUAAAAGAAGGAGGAAACGAGGUUUUUUCUCGAUGCCGUUUACCAAAUCUGUUGAAGGCGACGAGGAGGAAACAGCCACCACGAUCACCACUUCGGACACCGACACCGACACCGACGCCGACGCCGACACCACAACCCGCACCUUUGCUAACAAGAUAGCUGAGACUGCGGCGAAAGUCCAGGCGGCCUACUGGGAUUUCAUGAACUCGGCCCAAUCGAAAAUGACGCACAUCGUGAGCAUCGGGACGGACGUGAAGAGAUCCUUGGUGGUGGCCGCUCCGUACCUGCCACUAGUGAACAAGGUCGCCACGUACAUCGUGCCUGACUUGUCACAGCGUGACGUGCUCACGUUGUCAGUGAACGUGGCGGUACUCACCACUCAAGGGAUCAAGAACUACUCGAGCACCGAAGUCACCGAAUCUUCGAGCGAACUCAAUGUUGGUGCUACUAUUAGUCAAUAUGCGAAUGGCAUUUAUAACAAAUUGAAAUAUGCUUUUAAAUCAAAAUUUGGAGAUGUUUUGGAUAAUUCAUCAGAUGAAGAAAAACCCCAUUCGCCGGAAGAAACACAUAGUAUAUUCGAUACAGUGAAAAGUAAAAUGAAUAUUUUUAGCAGUUUUAAGAAUAGUUAUGACUCACCCAUAACUGAAAACAAUGACGACCAAAUUGAGACUACAAUAGUAACACAUACUUACAUAGACGAUUCUCAAACCCCUACAACCAACACGAUCGUAACAAAAACGUCGAAAACAUAUGAAAGUAGUGCUGAACCGAUUAUUCAAACAUCAAAUGGCGAAACAAAACAUGUGAUAUUAUCUAAUAAACUAUUACAAAAUGGAAAACAUAAUGUUAAUAGAGUAAUAACUGAGAUGAAAAAUGACUCCAAUAACGACGAAAAUUCCGCGAAUGAAAGUUAUGAAUAUGACGAUGACGACGAUUUUGAAGCUUAUGAUGAUGAUAAUGAUGAUACAAGCAUGAAUGUUGACGACGAGAAUAUGAUCAAUGAUAAUAAUGUCGAAAUAAACGAAAACGAUUUAAAAGAAGUUAUGCAAGAAUCCAUGAAGUUACAGCCUGAUUUUGUACAAAAACUUGAUGGCGAGGAGUUGCUGAAACAAAUUGAUGAAUCUCAAAAAUCGCUACCAAAUCCAAAGACCGACAAUAGAAAAAUAUUUAAUGCAUUAAUAGAAGAACUGGACAUUGAUCAACGCGUUAGCGAUGAUAAAGUAAAUGAGUUAAUCAAUGGCCUCGAAAAAAUUACGAACUAUUUUAUAUCUAGUGGAAUUAAAAAAAAUGAAAUAUUAACGACUCCUCCAACAUUACCGAUGAAUUAAGCGUGAAAAUCAAUUGUAAUUGUUAAGCGAUUAACAUUUUAAAUAAUAUAAAAUACCAUAUAAAAAC